AUGUAUACGCCCUUGAUGGUCGUGAUGGUUGACCUGGAUGACACCCGCCUGGCCACCGCCCGGUCCCUCGGUGCCAAUGAGACAAUCAAUUCUGCGACACCCGAUGCCAAGCAAAAACCGAUGGCCCUGACAGAUGGUCAGGGGUUUGACUCGGUCAUUGAGGCGGUUGGUAAUCCCGCGACAUUUUCUUUGGGUCAGGAACUUGUGGCCGUGGGCGGUGCGAUCGCGAAUGUCGGGGUCCACGGGACCAAAGUGGAUUUACACCUGGAGACACUUUGGGAUCGAAACAUCAACUAUCCUUUCCACGCGGCUGUCACAGCAUAUACGACAUCCCAGGCAGCAUCGCAGCACCAGGCACUCAAAGUGGCCAUUGAUUUUGCUCCAUAG